AUGUUAUCAAUAGGAGCCUUCGUUUUGAUAACGGCUCCUCUUGGUCUGAUUUCGGCCAUGGCUAUAUAUCCAUCAGUUACGCUUACGUACAUGAUAUUGAUUUUCUUCAUGGGUCUUGUCUGUCUUGUCAGUGGUUGGUUAGGAUACCAUUUGCGUAGGGAGGUAGAAUCCGGAGUGAUCCUGAAGUGGAUGAACUACAGUCUGCUAUACGAAUACGGUAAUCCCUUCGCAGACGAUUUGACGCGGUCUUGGGAUGAGUUACAUCAAAAGUACGCUUGCUGUGGGAUAUCUGAUGAGACGAAUACUGUAGAAUGGCAGAGCUCUCACUGGUUCAUAACUUAUGAUCGAUGGCCGAGACCGCGAGUUCCAGCCAGCUGUUGCUCCACAUGUAAAAAGGUGAGGAUUGUUACAAAACCUCAGCAUUACUCGCUACAUAUUCUAUCGCAGACUGCAUGA